AUGAGGACAGCACGAAGCAUCUACAAAGAUGACGUCGAUUUCACUACUUUGGCGUUGCAGUCGCCGGAUUUUGCGAAAUAUCUGAAAGGGAAUGGCCAGUUAGACUUCAGCGACCCGGAUGCUGUGCGCCAAUUGACCAAGAGUCUAUUGCAGAGAGAUUUUAAUCUCAAGGUCACGAUACCUGAGAAUAGAUUAUGCCCUCCGGUAUGUACCCUGACCAAUAGUAGAUACAUCAGGUUAAAUUAUAUCCUAUGGUUGCAAGACCUCCUGGAUACUACGGGCGAUGAGUAUCGAGAUGAUUAUGAUCCCGACAGAAACGUUCUUGGACUCGACAUAGGAACAGGAUGUUGCAGUAUAUACCCUUUACUAGGAUGCGCUACACGUCCCAAGUGGAAUUAUCUUGCGACCGAUGUCGAUGACGAUAACAUUCGAACUGCCCGUGAGAAUGUGUCUGCCAAUGGCCUGGAGUCACGCAUUCAGGUGAUCAAAACCAACCCUGACGAUGGUCUCAUCCCUUUGGCCACAAAAUUUGAAGUUGAGAGUCUCGAUUUUACGAUGUGCAACCCCCCCUUCUACGCUUCCCGCGACGAGAUGAUCGCUUCAGCAGAAGCUAAAGAACGUCCCCCAUUCUCGACAUGCACAGGGGCGGAGGUCGAAAUGGUCACGGAAGGAGGUGAAAUAGCCUUUGUCUCUGGCAUGAUCGAAGAAAGCCUCAAGCUUCGCGACAGGGUCAUCUGGUACACCUCGAUGCUCGGGAAGCUCAGCAGCGUGUCUGCUAUCGUAGAGAAACUGAUGACACACGGGAACCGUAAUUACGCAGUGACGGAGUUUGUUCAGGGCAGUAAAACCAAGAGAUGGGCCGUGGCCUGGUCAUGGAGUGAUCUCCGCCCGACAAUGAAUGUAGCUCGUGGUAUCGCUGGCUUCCCCAAGCAUCUAUUACCCUUCCCAUCCGAGUCCACAUUCGAAUUGAGCAAUGAAUCUAUCGACAGUGUCGGUGACAGAAUCAACGAAGAGCUCAGUCACCUUCACCUCGACUGGACAUGGCGUAAGAACCUUGCUACAGGCGUAGGGUUCGCGAUGGAAAAUGUCUGGUCGCGCCAGGCUCGGAGGAAGAUGCAGAAUCCAACUACUUCGGGAGAUAAAAUGGAGAUCGAUGAGCAAAAGGCGGCACUUGGUUUCAAGAUUCAGUUGAAGCAGAAUCCGCUUGACGAGAAAUGCUUCCGUCUUACUGUACGGUGGCUUAAGGGGACAGACUCGGUUUUAUUUGAGAGUUUCUGCGGGAUGUUGAAGAGAAAGGUUGAGGGGAGAUAG